UCCGCUGGUCUGGCGGCCUACUUCGGGCGAGCAGCAGCCGCCGCCGCGGCGUAUCCGCGAUGGCCCGAGGAGGCGAAGAGGCGCAGCUCGGGGGGUUCCUCGAGUACAUGGACAUGCUCCGCAACUACGAGCGCUCCGGCGUGCCGCGCGGCGCCGGCACCGACUCCGACGACGGCUUCGACCUCGGCCGCAUGCGCCGCCUCCUCCGCCGCCUCGGCGACCCCCACACCCACUACCCGUCUGUCCAUAUCGCCGGCACCAAGGGGAAAGGUUCGACGGCCGCGUUCCUGUCCAAUAUCAUGAGGGAGCAAGGAUACCGUGUGGGCUGCUAUUCCAGUCCACACCUUCUAACAAUCCGAGAGCGCAUUUCUGUUGGGCAACAUGGAGGCCCUGUUUCAGCUGCGUCGUUGAGGGAUCUUUUCGAUCUGGCCAAGGAAUCUAUUGAUGAAUCAAUCGAAUCAGAAAAUGGAUCCCUGACACACUUUGAGGUUUUUACUGCUCUUUCAUUUCUCCUAUUCUCACGAGAAAAUGUUGAUGUUGCCAUUGUCGAAGCAGGCCUUGGGGGAGCUAGAGAUGCCACAAAUGUCAUACGAAAUAGUGAACUAGCUGCAGCAGUCAUAACAACAGUUGGGAAAGAACAUUUGGCUGCUUUGGGUGGUUCCCUCCAAAGCAUAGCAGUGGCAAAGUCUGGAAUUAUCAAGGAAGGACGACCAGUUGUCAUUGGUGGUCCAUUUUCAACAGACAUCGAGCAAAUAAUUCGGGAUAGAGCAUUCUUGACACAAUCUCCUGUCAUAUCUGCUUGUGAUACUGGCAUCAGGAGCAUCACAAGAGGCAUUGGACGAGACUAUGCAAAGCCUUAUCAAAGCUGUGACAUUUUCGUGAAGAUUUCAGGCGAUAUGCCAUUGUAUGUGGAAUUGCAUGAUGUAAAACUCCAGCUGCUGGGAGACCAUCAGCGUCAGAAUGCUGUCACGGCUUGUUGCACAGCUCUAUGUCUCCGUGAGCUAGGAUGGAAUGUAUCCGAUGCAUCUAUCCGAGCUGGUUUAGAGAAGACGCAACUGCCGGGGAGAAGCCAAUUCCUGACACAAGAUGAAGCCUCGGUCCUUGGGCUCGACGGAGCAUCCGCCAUUCUAAUCGACGGAGCCCAUACCGAGGCGUCCGCAAAGGCACUGUCAGACGUGAUAAAAACCGUCGAACCCGAAGGGCCUGUGGCCCUCAUCGUCGGAAUGGCCAGCGACAAAGAGCACCUCGCAUUCGCUGCGCAACUUCUCUCAGGCAGAAGGCCCGACGUGGUGCUGCUGACGGAGACGGGGAUCGCGGGAGGGACCGCUCGCUCCAUGCCGGCCUCGUCGCUGAGAGACAUCUGGACGGGCGCCGCGCUCGGCCAGGGCAUCGAGUGUGCGGGCAUCGGGGCCAACCCCGGCGACGAAGCCCCAACCGUAAACAUCGACCACCUGGCUCCCGCCGCCGGCACAGGCAAGCCCGCGCCGAUGCUGAUCGGGUGCGGAGCCGCGCCGUUCUCGCGCGACCUGAUCAAGGCCGCCUCCCGGCUGCUGCGCCGGGCAGACGGAGGCGGCGGCGCUGCCCGGGGUGGCCUCAUCUGCGUCACCGGCUCCAUGCAUAUGGUCGCGGCGGUGCUGCAGCAGCUUGAGCAGUAGCUCCCCAAUCCCCAUCAGUUACAGUCCACCAGUACAGCGCAUUACAUGGUUUGGAAUCGAUGGGAUUAAGCAGUGAUGUUAACUUUCAUAAAGCUACCAAGAAAGCGUCGAUGCGCCGUGCAUGUCCUUUUCUUGGUUGUCUACUUGUGAGAGCGACAAGUCCUUGGCCUUGUUCGCACUCACACCCUAGUAGUUGACCUCGGUCGACUUUACAAAGUUGUUCUUUUUAAACAAUUAUUAAUUAAUUUUUAUACUGUUCUAAUAGUUUAUUCAUCUACUAGAGAAAUGUUUCGGUUCAUGGAGGAAAAUCUGAUUUCUUAAUUGUACAAUUUUGUUCAAACGGAUGCAGGAAAAAUUCACUGUGAUGUAAUAAUAUUUGGUCAUCUGAUGGGGAAA